AUGGUGUUGGAAUGGAAAGCGCAUAUCCUGAGAGCACAAAACCAGGAUCAGGCCAAACAAGACGCAUUGAGGUCCCUAGAUAGUACUACUGUGUUGGUGAUCAUGGAUUGGGCGGUGAAAUUCACCCAAAUGAAGUACCGUGAGAAGCAAUCCGAAUGGUACGACAAACUUGGCUUAAACUGGCAUGUUAGCUGCAUUAUUUCGACGUCUGAUACAGAGCAUGAUCUCGAAGUCGCCUCGUACGUCCACUUGUUUGAUAGCUGCGCUCAGGAUUGGUACGCUGUGCUUUCCAUUGUCACCCAUCUCUUGAGAACAGCUAAAGCCACUCAGCUUCAGAUCACGAAGGCAUACCUCCGCUCGGAUGGAGCCGGCUGCUAUCAUAACAACGACCUUAUUGCAGCUGUCAGUCAAAUCGGCAAGCACAUCGGAAUCCAGAUUCUCAGGUACGUUUGAUAAAUGUUCUAUAUAUGUAAAAUAACUCGAAACUCAUGAUUUUAGGAGAAUUUACGCAGUGAAAUGCUACUUUUGACGAUGCAACUUUUUUUCCAUGGCAGCCUUGCUUUUCAAAUUAAUUCCGCAAACGAUGUAUGAGAGAUGGAUAACAAUCUAAUACUGUUUUGAAAAUCUAGAACAGUUUUGAAUACUUGUGAAAAAUCAUUGUGAAAAGGGAUCAUUCCAAGCUUCUGUGCUAAAACCAAGAGCAAAACGCUAUACUAAUUGGUAAAUCGCGCUCAAUGGAUUUUUACUCCUUUAUUUAUGCAGGUACGAUUUUUCUGAACCUCAGUUUGGAAAAGACGUGUGUGAUAGAAUUAUCAGUCCGUUGAAAAGUGCUCUAACAAGGUACUGCAAUGAAGGGAAUGAUAUUUUGAGUGCAUCCGACAUGCACCGUGCACUGGGAGCAAGAAAAGUCAAGGGUACCAUGCACUGCUGCCGUGUGUGAGGUAGAUUCCAACCAAGCAGUCGUCACGGUGAAUCGGUUGGCAGGAAUCAGCUCCUAUCACAACUUCUCUUAUCAGCCAGAGGGCAUCGUCGUAUCCCGUGCUUAUGGAAUUGGCCCAGGCAAGCUAAUCAAGUGGAACGUCCUGAAUAUUAAAUGCGAAAGCCUUAUCAUCGCAAAGGACAGCGGGAGCGAAAAAGGCUUUUCCUCCGUCACACCGAGGCGCAUGACGCUGCCUACUGUGCAAGAAGAGGAAGCCGAUGUUGUUGAUGACGCGAGUUAUCAGUGCAACGAACCUGGGUGUUCAUACGUUUCCGCAAACUUUGAAGCGCUGCAAGAUCACAUAAACUUUGGCAGGCAUGUGCUGAGUACAAAAGCCAACGAAGGAAUUUACGACAGACUUCGCCGGGAAUGGGCACACAAGUUCGCAACACUGUCCAUUGAACCCGGAAAUAGAACGUCAAACAUUCCGGUCAAAGUCUCUUAUUCGCGCCAAGAUUGGACUCCUGAGUCACGCGGGUGGGCUUUGCAGAAUCCAAGAGGAGGCGGGACGAGGUUUAGUGAGAACAUAAAAAGCUAUCUACAAUCACGAUUUGAUACAGGAGAGCUGACAGGUAAAAAGGCCGACCCGAACCAAAUUUCUAAGGAAAUGAGAGCUGCCAGCAAUCUCGAUGGUACCCGAAAGUUCAACAGGGAAGUAUGGUUAAACAAGACCCAGAUUCAGUCAUUUUUUUCAAGGUUGGCAGCCAGGAAGCGUAAACGGCAAACAGAAGGUAAAGAAACUGCUUUAGGAGGUGAUAAUGCAGACGCAGAAAACGAGGAGCAGUUCUUGGAGGACGAAAUUAAAUUCCUGAUCGAGAAACACCGAAACCAGGUCAUAGAGGAGGUGCUCGAUCAAGUGGGAUUGGUGAACCCCAUCACGUAUGAUGGGUACAACAUCUGCGAGCUAGCCAAGCUUGACAAGUUGUCGCGGUUCAAAGUGGAAAAAACUGAACGAAAUGUGUAA